GCCCCCUCCUCCUGCUUCUCCUCCUCCUCAGUCAAUGCGCUCCUUGAGCUCACCACUCAACUCCGCACUGUAGUAUUGAGCUCCGCUUCUCUGCUUAUAAUUCCCCGUUAAUUGCUAAUUAUCGCCCAGGCGUUUUAAUGUCCCGUCCGGUAAAGCGCUUCCUGCGAUGGCCGCGUCCCAUAAAGCUGCUGUGGGCCGAACGCUGAUGCUGGCGCUCGCGGUCCUCUCACCUGCCUUCACUGUGUUGUGCAACGACAUCCUUGGCCUGAAGGUGGCAGGAGAUCCGGUUCUGACCCCCAAUGCAGUGUGUUUGCGACUGGCCGGCUUGAGUAAGCGGCAGAUGAGGCUGUGCGUCCGAAAUCCCGAUGUGACUGCCUCUGCCCUGCAAGGCAUACAAGUGGCCAUUCAUGAAUGCCAACACCAGCUCAAAAACCAACGCUGGAACUGCUCUACACUGGAGAACCAUGGCAAGGUGCCACACCAGAGCACCAUCCUCAACAGGGGUUUCAGAGAGAGUGCCUUCUCUCUGGCUCUGCUGGCAGCUGGUGUGGCUCACUCUGUGGCUUCAGCCUGCAGUAUGGGAAAGCUGCGUGGCUGUGGCUGUGACGCUAAGCGUCGGAUAGACGACGACAAAAUCCGCCUCAAGCUAACUCAGCUACAGCUGCAGACGCUGCAGAGGGACGGGUUGAGGCACACACCUGAGUUUAAAACAAACCACAGCAAGCUACCCUCUUACCUGCGCUCCUCCCAUCCUAGCACACUCCUCAAACCAGAAGAACUCACAUCACUGCAGGACACCUGGGAGUGGGGAGGCUGCAGCCAUGACCUUCGCUUUGGUGUCCGCUUUUCCAGGGACUGGCUGGACUCCAGGGGCUCGUCUCGUGAUAUACAUGCCCGAAUGAAGAUGCACAACAAUCGAGUUGGCAGGCAGAUAGUGACGGACAACAUGAAAAGGAAGUGCAAAUGUCAUGGCACCUCAGGAAGCUGCCAGUUCAAGACCUGCUGGUAUGUGUCUCCUGAGUUCCGGCUGGUGGGCUCCCUGCUGCGACAGAAGUUCCAAUCUGCCGUCUUCAUCAACUCCCAGAAUAAGAACAGCGGUGUGUUUAACCCACGUGUAGCAGCAGGGGCGGCCGGGUCGGAGCAUGGCAGGCCUCGGCGGCGCAGCCUCUCCAGGGAGCUGGUUUACUUUGAGAAAUCCCCUGACUUCUGUGAGCGUGAUGCGUCCAUGGACUCGCCUGGUACUCAAGGCCGCAUCUGCAACAAGAGUAGUCCAGGGAUGGACGCAUGCGACUCGCUGUGCUGUGGCCGUGGACACAACAUCCUGAGACAGGCACGCAGUGAACGCUGCCACUGCCGCUUCCACUGGUGCUGCUACGUGCUGUGUGAUGAGUGCAGGGUCACAGAGUGGGUCAACGUGUGCAAGUGAAUGGCCUGAUCAUUGGAUGGAAACAUUGGACAAGUAGGGGCGAAAGGCAUUAGCCUACCGCUCUCACACCAAGUGUGUGUUCAACAGUAUCAGUUUAACCACUUCUCCUUUCAGCCUUCUCAUCUGGGUUCCAUUUGCUUUGUGUGGCUGUUGUUAUUCUCCAAAUGCCAAGUCAAAAGACUGAGGAGAGGAGUGACUCAUGUCAUUUUGCUUUGUUUCCACUGUUUGGGCUCUUCAGCCAUGAAAAUGCACCGAACACCAUCUGUGUUCUUCACAAUAACGAGGCACAGCAGCAGGAAUGCAUUACUGCUGAAAAGGAAAGGCAAUGCCACCAUAUACAGUUAUGUGUAUAUUUGGACAUAUGUGCUUAAUGAAAUGAUCUCGCCAUGACAAAUCUUUGCAAGUUGUGCUUAUGUUCUUUUAGAUGACAAAACUGGUACUAAAAGCCAGGCAGUUUCAGAGAGAACAGAAAAUGCGCCUUUUUGCCCACUUGGUUGAAUUUAGUGUAAAGCAGGACAGAUGUGAUAUGAAUAUAACCUGUACCGAUGGAGGUUGGACAGUAAAGACUUGAAUGCUUAGAAACAGUUAAGAUACUGCAAUGAAUAAAUAUACACUGUGUUAGGCUGUGUGCAGAAAAUUGCAGAAAUGAUAAUCUUUUUAC